GCCCCCUGGCCUUGUUAUGCAUAUUAGGUUAUAACAUCAGCUCCUCCUCUCAAUGGUCUAGUCCUCUAGGCCUAUAAGUAGGUCGUUAUUUCUUGUUUUUUGGGAUCGUCGAUCUAUCGUUCUUGGAAUAUGUUUGCUAAAAUGUACGCUAGUUCCUCGACUCAUCGUCGUUUGAAACUUGCUCUCGAAAUAAAGGAGCGUGGAUUCGAAAUAGAAAUGCCUUGUUCGUACUGUCGGUCGUCGGGUCGAAGGUGCAAGAUGCUGGAAGGGAAAUCUAAGUGUUAUGAGUGUACUCGUCGUGGUCGCUCUUGUGAUGCAAUAGCCAGUGCUAUUUGUGAUUAUAGAUCGUCUUCGUAAGGCGAAAAGGAUGGUUUUUAAGAAGGGCAAGGCGAUCCCUGAUCUGCCU